CUUAUCUCCUUCUAAAUCUCACCGCAACCUUUAAACCCAAACAGCAACCUGGCCAUUUAUUUCAUCAUAUCUAGCAAGCUAGGCCCUCCAUUAACCAACCCCUUCUUCCUCUGUUGCGAUGGCCACUCAAGCUCUUCAAUUUUCAGAAUUCAACACAGCGGCGUGCAGAGAAGUCGGAGUCGGUGGGCCGAUCGGCGUUCAGUUCGACCUCGAUGAGGUCCUGAACAUGUCGGCUGUCGACGACGUUGUCGUCAUCGCCGGAGAAUUAUCGGAAUCAAAUAGAUGUUCUGUGGAGAUGGCCAACAUGCCGACGGUAAUAACGACGGAGCAUGAUGGAUGUACGGUGUGCAUGGAAGGCUUCCAGUCCUCCGAAGGCGGCAAACAAGUGCCAUGCUGCGGUCAUGUUUUUCAUGCCGCUUGCAUCUCCACCUGGCUUUCCCUCUCUAACUCCUGUCCACUCUGCCGCUUCAAAUACUAAAUUAAUUCCUUUUCUUUUCUUUUCUUUUUUUCAUUUUUUAAUCUGAUUAAUUAAUUGUAUUUAUUUUUUUUGAGCUCCAUAUAUGAAAUAUAUUGUUUUUUUAAAUUAAUUUUAUAGAAUUUAUGUAUUGUUUUUCUUUCUUUAUAGAGUCAUUAAUAUUA